GGCCAUCUGAUGUUGUCUUCAGUAUGAGCCGAUACUGUAGUCACAAUAUUAUCCCACAUUGAUAUUGAAAUCAUAUGCAACAUACAGGAUGUUUCUUUCCUACCAACUACAUUGGUCUUAUAUAGUACGGAAUCGUACUAAACCAAGUAUCUGACUGAAUUAGGGUUUUAUUGUGAGGUGAUUGGCAAGUGGUACGAAAAUAACUAACCACGGCUAUACAAACGUAAUGGGAAGUGGAUCCUCAAAGAAGACCAAACAGCUCGAGGCCGAGGAAAGAGAAUUUAAAAAGAGAAAUAUGGACAACGAGAAGCAGAACGACGAGGAGGGGGAAUUUAUUGAUGCAGACGGCAAGAAGAGAAAAAAACAGAAGGAUGACGAAUAUUUGAUAGCAACUUUAAGCGGACACAAAGGUGGUAUCAACUGCAUGGGGAUCAACGAUGAAAACACAGUCAUUAUAACUGGAGGUGAAGACAAGACAGCCAGACUGUGGAACUUGGCCAGUCAAGAGUGCACGAUGAUACUCAAAGGGCAUAAAAGUUAUAUCACUUGCUGUCAAAUCUUAGAUGAGUUUUGCUACACUGGGUCAUCCGAUCGCACGGUACGUAAAUGGAAUGUCAAAACAGGAUCCUGUGAGUUGGCAAUAGAGGGACACGCUGCACCCAUCAACAGACUUAUUUGUACUGGUGACUUCCUCUUUACCAGCUCCUACGAUCGCACUGCCAUGUGCUGGGACCCAGAUGAUGGGGAACUUUUGCAUAUCUUCCGGGGCCACCGUAGGGGUAUAACCCCGCUCAUGUAUAUCCCGGCUGAGGAUGCGCUCAAAGACGAUGUCAUUGACAUUGAAAGUAAUAAAGAUAUCUUAGUGACUGGUAGUGCUGAUGGGACUGCCCGCUCCUGGAACAUGGACUCUGGAGACUGUAUUGUUACUUUCAAGGGUCAUAGGGGUGGGGUCCUGUGUCUGGCAGCUGACUCCACGGGGACUGUUUUAUUCACAGGGAGCGCCGAUUGUACUGUCAAGAGCUGGAACAUCAACACGGGAGAGAUCUUUAAGACAUUUGAGGGUCAUCAGAGCGCAGUCGUUUGCCUCCAGGUGAUUAACAAACUGAUGUACAGUGGCAGCUCUGAUCAAAACGCCAAGUGUUGGGUGACUGAAUUCGGGGACUGCACACGAACAUACCUGGGUCAUAAGCAUACCGUAUGCGCCGUCAGGUUUAGAGAUGGACUACUGUACACUGGAUGUGGAGACAACAAUGGGCGGGUGUAUGACGCGAAGUCUGGAGCCUUAAAAAGAACAUACAAAGGACAUGAAUAUUGCAUCAAUGCUAUCUUGAUAUUGCCUCAAAAGAUGCUUACUGCCUCACAUGAUGGAACAGUGAAGAUAUGGGAUUCCACUGGAAUUAAAGAUGAAAUCACAAGCUUCGGAGACGAAGACGAAGAAAAGGAACGGAAAAAGAAGGAGAAGGAAGAAAAGAAGAAAGAA